GGCUAGUCCUACUACUCCGCACUUGACAACAGAGGGACACCCCGGCAGGCUGUCCCAGGCGGAGAACACGGAGGGAGGCAGGGAAGCAGAGGUCACGCCGCAUCACCUACAGUUCGCUCAGCCAUGGCCACCGUUGGUUCGUCCUGCUGUGAUGGAGACUUUGAUCAGAAUGAUGAGACAACAACUAGAGUCGUUGAGAGCUGUCUACCUUUGCCUCUUCCUGAUGAAGUUUUAGAUGAUAUUGUUCCUAAAGCUAAGGACUUUGCUCUCCUCCAUGGUGCUGGCAUGAGGUAUAAGAAUAAUUAUGACCCAGACACCCUGCAGCUGGCUCCAUUCUUCCUCCUCCCAUCAGCAUUCCCACGCCGGGAGUUUGACCGAGUGGUGAAGCUCCAGCCAAUUAUUAAUAUUCUGAUGCACAGAAUUGCUCAUGAUUAUCAGUUCUUGAAGGAUGCCUUGGAAAAGACAAUAAAAGUUGAUGACUUCACAAGGAGACUGUGGAAUAUCUACACCACUGUGAGAGAAGAAGGGGAGGCACAGGAAUUGAGUUUGGGGCUGGUGCGGUCGGAUGUGAUGCUGACCAAGUGCCGUGCUGGGUGUUGCGAGCUUUGCCAAACUCCCCCCUAUGUCACAGUGCAUCAGGUGGAAGUCAACACUAUCGCCUCAGGAUUUGGCCACAUGGGACCAAUUUCUGGGAGUAUAAAUAGGUAUGUACUUGGAGAGCUGAGAAAGCCAGAAUUGCUUGGUCAUUUGCCAGAAAAUGAUGCUCUUGCAGGACUCUGUGGUGGAAUGAUCGCAGCCUGGGAAGCUUACGAUUGCCCCAAAGCUGUUAUACUGUUUGUUGUGGAAGACGUCACUUACAACAUCUGUGACCAGCGUUUCCACGAGUUUGAAAUCCGACGCAAGCGGCCGGACAUACUAGUGAUCCGACGCAACCUGACGCAGAUAAGCCAACGGGGACACCUGACUCCAGACAAGAGAUUGAUAAUUGACGGCGAUGAGAUUGCUGUGGUUUACUUCCGUGCUGGUUAUGAGCCCGGACAAUACCACAGUGAAGCGGAGUGGGAAGCCAGGCUCACUGUGGAGAGAUCAAGAGCAAUAAAGAGUCCAAGUAUUCAUUAUCAUCUAGCAGGUACAAAGAAGGUUCAGCAAGAAAUAGCACGCCCUGGUGUACUGAACAGGUUCCUUUCUGAGUCUGAGGCAGAGUUAGUCAGUCAGCUUUUUACAGGCCUCUACACUUUGGACAUGGGUCCAGAGGGAGAUCAGGCAAUCCAGAUGGCAUUAAAGAAUCCAGAAAGAUAUGUCCUGAAACCACAACGCGAAGGAGGCGGCAACAACAUAUAUGGGGAUGAGAUUAAGACGGUUUUGGAACGGAUCAGAGAUUCCCAAGAGAGAGAAGCAUACAUCCUUAUGGAUAGGAUCCGUCCACCUAUCCAAGAGAACUAUCUUAUUCGAGCACAUGAGCCUGUCAAACUGGCACAGGUGGUGUCUGAACUUGGCAUCUUUGGCACUGUCCUUGGAACUGCCAAGGACAUCCAGUUCAGCAAAUUUGCCGGUCACAUGCUACGGACCAAACUCUCUUCUGUCAACGAAGGGGGUGUGGCAGCUGGUCUUGGAGCCUUGGACUCUGUUUUUCUGUUUGAUUGAUUUCGACUACUUCACUGUAGUGCCAUAGGAGUCUGGGUGUAUGGUAGGUAUGUGACUUGUUAAUAUAUACUUUGAUAAAUGAAGUACUCAUUAUCUUGGGUAAUAUGAGAAAUACAACUAAUAUAUUUUUUACACAGUUUAGUUACAUGUCUGUGAUAAUACCUGCUUCAAAAACAUUUGUAUUUUGAAAACCUAAGCUGUAGAUAGUAGUAGCAAGUCACCAUGAGGCCUAAAGUAGAGAGAGUCAAAGUUUUUCCCCAUGAAAAUCCAAGAAAGUUCUUUGUAUUGCUUCUACCUGUGUAUGUGAGGUGCUACUUGAUAGUUGUUUCAUUUGAAAAUAGUAAAUGGUUGUUCCUAGGCAGUUGUUUUGUUUAGAAUGAUUGGGUUUUAUGUAAAGGGAACUUAUAUUAUUGAGAUUUGCAUCAUACGUAAUAUAUGUGAAACUCAACUGUGGGUGUUUCUAUAUGGCCAUUAGAUUUGUAGAAAAAAAAAUACAAUGAUGAAAUAUCAGAAAUAACAACAUCAACAUCUCUGACAAUAAAUUCAAAAGUACUGGGGCUGUUUGUUUGACUGGUGUUUGAGUUAUAUUAUGUGAAUGUUUUCAUAAUAAAAAUAUUUAUUUUUUUCUCUUGCCAAAAGUUGUUUUUUCUGGCCAGCAUACAGACACCUAGUGUUGAUGUCAUGAAAAUUGUUAUGAGAUUUGAUUUUAUAACACUGUUAUGAUUUGUAUAUAAGCAAGGGGAUUUAUUGACAUAUUUUCAUCUUGAUUGCUUUUUAAUAAAUAUCAUACACACA